AUGCUUACAGGACUUUGGUUUUCCAUGCUCGUAUUUACACUGUUUUUAACUUUCAACCGGCUCUCCUCUUUACUACUAGAAAAAUGGUUUCCUAUUCUUACAUCUUCUUGGCUCAAUUAUGUACUUUUCGUGGUCUGUUACAUGAGUUUUCUUGUUCCAUUCGUACUGAAGCUUCUUCCUUAUUGUAAUUAUGUAUUCAAUCCGAAUAGAUUUUCGUGGUCCUAUCUCCCAUCAGACGAUUAUGUGUCAACUGUUAUGUCCGAAACUAGUAGAUAUCUAAUUCUGGUUACAGUCGUAUCGUCGACAGUAACUUAUGCAUCGAUUUUUUGCCAUAUCGCCUGCUUUGUAUCUAUGAUUUUCCUGUACUUUUUAUUCGCGUUCAUCUAUUGGAACUACCUGAUGCCAAUGAUGGGAGAAUCCACGCUCUCCGAUUAUUUGUCGUGUAUUGUGUGGGUUGCAAUGAAUGGAAUCCAUUCGAUUAUCUACCUCAUAUUUAAUUCGUGA